AUGAGUAGCCAACCUCCCAGGCCAGCAACUGCAGACCCGGGUUCUCAUGAUAACCACACAACUUCUCCCUCGACCCGCAAAACCCUCCACCAGAACAUCAUUGGGAAGCUACGUCCUCUUCCGUUUCAGUAUAGAUGGGUUGUCUGGUAUGAGAAACACAUGGACUCUACCAAUUACGACGACAGACUAUACCUUUUACACGGAGAUGUUGCUGACAUUGGGAUAUUCUACCGCAUUUAUAACAACUACCCCUGGGAUAAAGUCAAGUUACGAGAUUCGGUGCAUAUUUUUCGGAAGGGAACCAAGCCCAUAUGGGAAGACCCUGAGAACAUGAAGGGCGGCUGCUGGACGUUCCAGGUUCCAAAAGCUAAGAGUCAGGCAUUUUUUCAUGAAUUGGCCAUCCUUUGUAUGGCAAAUGAGUUACAAGCCGCCGUUCAAGGAGAGCACGACCAUGUAUUAGGCGUAUCCUCUUCUGUUCGUUUCAAGACCCAUCUUGUUUCCGUCUGGAACAAAGCGGGCAGGAAUGAAAAAUCUAUCCGCAUCCUUGGUGACACUAUCAUCGAGCGUCUGUCGCCCGAAUUACGCCCUUUGUCAACUAAAACGUACUAUUAUAAACGACAUGACGAACACGAUGGCUUUGAAGCUGCCAUACAAGCUGCACAAAAGAAGAGACAAUGUGAGAAUAAAAGCAUAAAUAAAGGCGUUGAUGGCUUACCACUCGAAAAUCCAUGUUGUGGCAGCAUCAACGAAUAG